AUGGCCCAGCAACCAUCAACUCCGCAGCCGGGCGGCUUCUUUCCGCAGACCGGCCUGCCCUCUCCCGCCCCGUCGUCCGCGUCCUCUCGAGCAGCAAGCAGCCUCCCGCAUCCCCGCCGGCGCGCCCUCGCACCGGGCGGCAACAAGGAGGACCUGGUCCGCCGCUACGCCGAUGAGCGGCUGCUCAACGUGUCUCGUCGCUACGUCAAGAAGUUUGGCAGCAAUGACGGAAACGACAGCAUCGUGGGCUUCAACAGCGCCAGCGAGCUGUGCAGGGAGCUCGACGCCCUUGCCGAUGUCUUGUGGCUAUCGGGCACGCCGAGCCUUCAGAUCCCCUUCCUGCUCAGGCUGGCCAGCGACUUUACCCAGUACAUCAGGUCCUUCCCGCCAGCGCCCCGCGCGACCUUCGCCCUGCUUCGCAAGCUGGACCAUUGCUUCGCGAGCCUGCUCGGCGGCCAAGACAUUGACUCCGCCGAGCCGCUUCCCGGGUUCGAGAACGGCUUGCGCGCGGGCAUGACGGUCACCGACAUGGUGCGGUGCCGGAGCCUGGUGGAGCAGACACGCGUGCUCAUGGUCGAGCUGAUGAGCCAAGGCACCGAGGAGGAGGAGGAGGAAGAUGAGGACGAGUCAGAGACAGACACCGACAACGGACUGGGCGGCGCGCAGGCAUCAGCCUGGGACACCGACGAGGAGAGGCUGCACAUGGAUGCGGCGAGGGUGUACGAGCAGACGAUUGUCAAGCUCGGCGACCGCUUGGGAGAGCCGCUCGUGGGUGAAAACGCGCCGACCAACGACCUCGUCCUAGACAUUUGA